AUGCUCUUCCUGAGCCUCGCCGCCAUCGGCAAGCUCGACGUGACUGGCCCGCACGGCGCCCGUCGUGCGGGCCCGCCCCUGGUCGUGCACGCCGAGGUUCAGGCCGCCAUCGACGCCGGCGAGCCUGUGGUGGCGCUGGAGUCGACGAUCAUCACGCACGGGAUGCCUUACCCGGACAACCUGCACACCGCCCGCGCGGUGGAGGAGGCCGUCCGCGAGGCCGGUGCGGUGCCCGCCACCGUCGCACUGCUCGAUGGCGUCUGCCACGUCGGCCUAGCCACCGAGGAGCUGACGCGGCUCGCGCAGCUCGGGCGUGAGCGCGUCGCCAAGUGCUCGCGUCGCGACCUCGCGGCGGUGAUGGCGCGGCGCGGGCACGGCGCGACGACGGUCUCGGCCACCAUGCUGCUCGCGCACCUCGCCGGGGUCCCAGUCUUUGUGACGGGCGGCAUUGGCGGCGUGCACCGCGGCGGCGAGGCAUCGAUGGACGUGAGCGCUGACCUGACUGAGCUGAGCCGGACGCCGGUCUGCGUGGUGUGCGCGGGGGUCAAGUCGAUCCUCGACAUCCCGCGCACGCUCGAGGUGCUCGAGACAAACGGCGUUGCCGUCGCAGCGCUCGGCGCGCGCCUCCCGAGCGCACGCGCGAGCGAGUUCCCGGCCUUCUUCACCCGCUCGUCUGGCUGCGCCGCCCCGCUCACCGUGGCAAACCCGCACGAGGCCGCUGCCCUCGUGCACGCCUCGCGCAGCCUCGGCCUCUCCUCGGGCACGCUCGUCGCGGUGCCAAUCCCUGCCAAGGCGGAGGCGGAGGCGGGGGCGGUGCAGGCGGCGAUAGAGGCGGCGCUCGGCGAGGCGGAGGUGGCCGGCGUGCAGGGGCGCGAGCUCACUCCGUACCUGCUGGCAAGGGUG